UUUUUGAUCAUAAAAACUCACGACUUAUUUUCUCGAAAAAAUACUAAACACACUCGCCGAUUCCCUCCUAUAGAUAGAACAAAAUAUGACACGGGUACCACCCCAGACCAGAAGCGGGCAUGUGUUUAUUCAAGGACUCAUUCAGGGAUGGGCUAGAUGUGGUUGAACUCUCACACGACUUUCCUUCCGUAAGAUGCAAUUCUGGCGUUACCUUAUCCUCGGAAGAACAGCGGUAAUGGCUUCCCGAAAUCUGAUUUCCACGAAAGAGCAAGCCUGUCUCGGGAGAAAUGAAGAAGUCAAAGUUUCAGGAAAACAUCAUGUUAAUGGAAAUAGGACAGUCGAACCAUUCCCUGAAGGACUGCAAAUGGUUAUGUUUGGCAUGGGCUGUUUCUGGGGCGCUGAGAGAAAAUUCUGGGUCCAGAAAGGUGUCUAUUCCACUCAAGUUGGGUAUGCUGGUGGAUUAACUCCAAACCCAAGCUAUAAGGCGGUCUGCUCAGAGAUGACUCGCCACGCAGAAGUAGUGCGAGUUGUGUACCAUCCAGACAAAAUCUGCUUUGAAAAUUUGCUCAAGGUCUUCUGGGAGAGCCAUGACCCAACACAAGGUAUGCGACAAGGAAAUGAUGUUGGCACUCAGUACCGUUCGGUCAUUUAUCCGUACACGAAGGAGCAGAUUGUUGCAGCUGUGAAAUCCAAAGAGGUCUAUCAGGAGGAGUUGAAUAGAAAAGGAUACGGUGAAAUCACUACCGAAAUCCGUGAGGGUCAGACUUUCUACUUCGCCGAAGAUUACCAUCAGCAAUACCUGAAUAAGAACCCAGGCGGGUAUUGUGGACUUCGCGGCACUGGGAUAUCUUGUCCAGUAUAAGACUCUAGUAAGACGUGGUCCCUAAUUAAACGCCAACAUUUGCCUCUGAUCUAUUUUCCAGAUAAUGAGAUAGGGUUUUGCUUAUUAAAAAGCUUAUAAGAAUAGACUGGUUGCCUGCUAUACAUUAGUUUUCCAAAAUAAUUGAAAAAAAACCCAUCUACCGCACUGUGUGGAAAAAGGUAAUAAAAAAUACUGUAAUCAACUACACAUUUCUAACUGAUAGUUCAAAUAAGCACUCAGGUUUCAGAAGGCAGUGUAGUAUGCUACCUGCCUGCUAUUAUGACAUCUUCCACAAAAUAUAUAAUGUACAGAUUAGUGUAAGUAAGAUUUAAAAAAAUUAUCAGAAUGUAUAUUUAUUUUUAGAUUUUUAUCCUUGUCAUCAUCACUGGCAUUAGCGCAAAAUUACAUUUGGUUACUAUCCCACAAAACAAAGCAAAAAAAAAAUCUGAUAUUAUAAUGACUAAGAUUCAAAUAAAAUCCAUCUCAAAUAAAAUCAUAAAUAUUAACAUAAAUCUGUUAGUAUGUUCAAAGGCAGAAGUAGAAUACAACGCAAUUGUUGCAUAGUUUUAUAAUGAUAUAUAAUUAUGUGCAUUAUUAUUAUGUAUUACUAUUAUUAAUUAGGGGUUUUAGGGGCGCAGCAGUAGAGUUGUUGCCUUACAGUGCCAGAGACCCAGGUUCAAUCCUGCCUAUAUAACCAUAUAACAUAUAAUCAUAUAACAAUUACAGCACGGAAACAGGCCAUCUCGACCAUUCUAGUCCGUGCCGAACACAUAAUCUCCCCUAGUCCCAUAUACCUGCGCUCAGACCAUAACCCUCCAUUCCCUUCCCAUCCAUAUAACUAUCCAAUUUAUUUUUAAAUGAUAAAAAUGAACCUGCCUCCACCACCUUCACUGGAAGCUCAUUCAACACAGCUACCACUCUCUGUUGUCUGUUGUAUACAGUUGUCUGUACAGUUUGUACGUUCCUCCCAUGACCUGCGUAGAUUUUUUCCAGGUGCUGCGGUUUCCUCCCGCACUCCAAACACGUACAGGUAUGUAGGUUAAUUGGCUUUGGUAAAAAACGUAAUUGUCCCUAGUUUGUGUAGGAUAGUGUUAGUGUGUGGGAAUCGCUGCUCGGCGCAGACUUGGUGGGCUGAAGGGUCUUUUCCACACUGUAUCUCUAAACUAAGUACAAAAUGACUUCUCUAUCAUAAAAAUGCCUGAACUUAAUAAUAAGAAAAAUAAACAAUCAAAUAAUUUGAUAAAUUCUGCACUAAAGAUGAUUUUAAAUGUCUUUGACAGUGCUAAAUGAUUAAAAUUUGUGCAGACCUUGAGCACUAAAAAUAAUAUUCUCCGUACAGAGGCUAACAAACCCCCAAAAUAGGGGGCGUUUUGUUGGCGGUGUUGCUAAGCCAAAUACCAACCACCUUUAUGCAAAAUACCACAACAAAAAUAAAAGGGACUUCCUGAUACAGGAGAAAUAAAAAUGGUUGCAUUAUUUGAGUACCAUUAAGGUGUGUGAGUGCUACGAACCAGGGCCCUUAUACAUUUUCAUUUCAGCAGCCAGGUAACAAAUUAUUUUGCACAAUAUCAUCUACAGUUGAUAUACGCUCAUUGAUGUGCAGUUUUGUUAGACUUGAAAUUUACAACAAAGUUCUUCAACUUUCCUUUCUAUUGUGAAUUUCUAACGCCCGAUAAAUAUUCCUGCUACAGAUGGUACUUUGUUGUGGUUAUUUACUGCUAACCCAACUUUUGAGACAAACUUAAUUGCAUUGUUUUAAAUUCUUUGUUUCAAUGUAUUCCAGGGCAUCCAGCAAUUUUGCAGAGAAGUUUCACAUUUCCAAUUCAUGACUUCAAUCUUUAGUGAUACAGACUGGUAACUUCUUCGUUCUGACAAUGUAAAAUAAUAUUAUUUUGAAGUUUGAAGAAAAUUAACCCUAUCCUUCAAAUAAUAACCAACGCAUUCAAACUCUGUUUUUCAUUCUUGGCUCAGAUGUGACAUUCUUUGUUAAUAAAGAUCACAUAACUAAACUAACUUGGAAUGAG